CUUUAAUAGAGCAACAGAUUUGCGAGCAUGUGCUUGGUAAGGCAUAUGGUUACAUCAGAGGUAGGGGUCAUGGACCAAAACCAAAUAGAAGGGCUUACUCAAGCGCAUCAAGCUCAACUCAGCAUGUAGUGGAAGAAUUGGCCUCUACAAAGGAGAUUGUUGCUACACAACAAACUCAAAUUGAGGCUCAACAAUCUCAACUUGAAGCUCAACAGAAGAAGAUCGAUUGGCUACAAAGUGUCGUGUCUAACUUAGUUGGCAUUUCACCUCCUAUGGACGGCACUACUGCAACAGGGCUACGUUUCACAACUGAGCGGCCAAUGCCAUCUGACGGAAUAGGUUCGCUGAUGUCUAACACUGUACAAAGGAUGUCAAGUUUUCCAAGAUCAUUUGCAAGUCAUUUGAGGCCAGGAUAUAGACCUACUCCAACUUCUUCUUCUGAUGGAAAUGGUAUGAUCAGUUUGCCUCUGCUUCAAACAAUCAAAAUACUAUGUGAUUUGGCAAAUUUCUUCAUGAUCUUAAUCUUGAUGGUCCAAAUUUGUGAAUCACAGGCUCUCUGGUGUCGGAUGGAGGGUCUAGGUAUUCAUGAUCAGUGCUACCUUCAUUUUAUGUUGGUUAGUUGCCUUUGUCUACCAUCCUUUUCAUUUUUCUACUGACAUACACAAAGCAAUUAUAGAUUUGGUGGAAAACCAGUAGCUAACGGCAAGUUGAUGAUUUUCGAGGAUCCUUUAUAGAUUUCUUGUGUUCUCGGUCGUGGCUGAUUGUAGAUUUUUGUGGUGAAACUUUGGCUGCUGACAUGAUGGUAUUGUGGUU